AUGAACACUCUAGCGCAAAACAUCAGCCCCAUACAUUCGUCGCUGGGUCGGUUGGACCUCGACUCCGCAGCGGGAGCGGCCUCGAAGCCGUGCACGACCUCCGCCUCGCCUGCGACGGCGGCGGCGGCAGCGGCGGCCGCACUGAUUCUAUCUGUCAGCGGGGGCGACAGCCGGACGACCAGCACGACCCUCGUCGUCGACCAGUCGACGGCGCACCACACGACCGACUUCCUUUCGACGUCCCUGUCAUCGCCGGCCGCAUCCUCGGCCGCUGCCAAUUAUCUCCUCCAUCACCACCAGCUCCACCACCACCAGCAGCAGCAUCAGCAUCUGGACCAGCACCAGGCCGGCCAGGACAAUCGGCUGACCGCGGGCGGCGGCACUCCAUCGACCGGUCAACAGACUCCCGCAAAGCACCACCAGCGCACCGGCCCGGCCGGGUCUUCGUCCCCGGAACCAGGGGCCGGAUCGAUCGCGGCCAGCAUAACCACCAGCACGUCACUGGCCCACGUCAACUCGUUCCACGCUGGCACCGCGACCACAUCCACGGCUCUUUCGAACGACUUCUACCCGGAGUACCGGAUCAGUUCGGAGUAUCGGCUCAAUUCCCACCAUCAUCACCACCACCACCAUCACCAUCCGCACCAUCACCACCACCACCACCCGCAUCACCACCCCGCGCCGCAUCCUCGCGAUCUGUGGACGGCGGCAGCGGCGGCGGCCUCGCACGACGGGAUCAUGGAGGAAGGAUGCGAUAGCUACAGCCUGCGCCACGGCCACGGCACGAAAACCGUGCGAAACGAACGUUCGGCAUUUUUCGAUUUCGCGACAGCCCCUGCCACGGCACAUCCGGCCGCGGCCGCCGCCGCCUACUGCUACCGUCUUUCCACCCCGCCGCAGCUGGUGAAGCGCGAACCGAGCGACGUGUCGGCGGCCGCCGCCUGGCACAGCUACUCGGAGCGCAUGUUUUCCGAUCCCCUGUACACCUCGCUCAAGCUACAAACCCAGCAAUCCUCGCCGCCCCAGCUGGUUCCUCAGCACUCGAUCUUCCCGGACUCGACGUCCCACCUGGCGUCGGCAGCAGCCGCCGCGGCCGUUUCCUUGGACCACCAGCAUUCCCUCGUAGUCGGUGGUCACGGGACCGCCCAGCAAACGUCUGGCGAUGGUUCGCAGGCAGCGGAAUCGUUUUUGCACCAGGCGGCCGGCGGCGGUUACUCCUACCGCCAGACCGCGGAUAUUGUAACCUCGAGCGAAACCGACUAUUGCACAGCGACCGGUACAUCCGCCACGAUCGCCAGCAUCACGACGACGACGAACCCGUCCCCGCUAGGCGCUCUCGAGGCUGGUUCCAAUGGACCGCUGCAUCAGCGCCGCGGAUCACUACAGCUAUGGCAGUUUCUCGUCGCCUUGCUCGACGAGCCGACGUCCAGUGCCGGCUGCAUCGCCUGGACCGGGCGCGGCAUGGAGUUCAAACUGGUGGAACCGGAAGAGGUGGCUCGCCGGUGGGGCAUCCAGAAAAACCGGCCGGCCAUGAACUACGACAAACUAUCGCGCAGUCUGCGGUACUAUUACGAGAAGGGCAUCAUGCAGAAGGUGGCCGGCGAACGGUACGUCUACAAAUUUGUCUGCGAUCCGGAAGCCCUGUUCAACAUGGCCUACGGUACGGCCGGAUCCCAGGGUAACCAGUCAUGCCCGGAUGGAACGCUCGGCCACGCGCAACACCACGGUACAAACGGUGGUGGAGCAUCAUCUUCGCCAAGCCACUGCCACAAUCCGGCUGCCGCAGGGCAACUAGGAGUCGUCGGUGAACCAUCGAAUGACGUGGAUCGCAACCCUUACUUCUCCACAAGUUCCUCUGCGUACAGUCACAACAACUGA